GAAACAGCAUUUUGUAAUUUAUCAGUAGUUGGAUAUUGAAGUCGCCGCGCUUUUCCACCUGUACGCUAUAUCACUUCUAAUUGGCGUCAUUGUGCAUUCUUAUGAGGAUUAGGGAAAAAAAUCACUGUUUUUUAAUUUUGAUUCCACACUAAAAGAUCUGUGUUAGUAUACUUCUUUUCUCAAGGUCUCAAUAUUUAAUCGUAUCAAGCAUUUUUUUUAAAAAGCAUUUCCAGACAAUGAAUAUUCAUCGUGCCGUACGAAAUUACAUCAACAAAAUGGUUUCGAUGGCAGAUGGUGGAGGCAUGAAAGUGUUAAUGCUUGAUCAAGAAACCUUAAAAAUUGUUAGUGUUGUGUGUUCUAUGUCAGAAAUUAUGAAAUAUGAUGUCUACCUGAUUGAACGUAUCGACUCACCACGUGAACCACUUGAACACUUACGUUGUAUUUGUUUUAUACGACCAACAAAAGAAAAUAUCAGCCUAUUAUCACAAGAAUUAAGAAAACCAAAUUAUUUUUCCUAUUAUAUAUUCUUUAGUCAUUCAAUAACUAAACAGCUACUUAAACAGUUGGCAGAAGCCGAUGAGAAUGAAGCUGUCGUUGAAGUUCAAGAGUAUUUUGCUGAUUUCAUCCCCUUAUCACCAUUUCUCUUUGAACUUGACGUGCCUAUCAGUUUGGAUGAAAGUAGAGAUAUGAAUAGUCGAGUGUUGAAUCGAACCACUGAUGGUGUUACAUCAGUACUGUUAGCUUUAAAAAAGUGUCCUGUAAUACGCUAUCAGAAUAAUUCAGAAGCAGCUCGUCAGUUGGCUGAAUCUAUCCGUUCCUUAAUCUCUAGAGAGACGGUGUUAUUUGAUUUUCGACAAACAGAACCAGCUCCUGUGUUAUUGAUUUUAGACAGAAGACAAGAUACUGUUACACCACUGUUGUCACAAUGGACUUAUGAAGCUAUGGUUCAUGAAUUAAUCGGUAUCACACAGAAUCGUGUCAGUUUAGCUCGGGCGCCGAAUGUCAAAUCCGAUCUGAAAGAAAUUACUCUGGAUCGUGAAUUCGACGAGUUUUAUCGUACAAAUCAAUUUUGCAAUUUUGGUGAUAUUGGACAAUCGAUUAAAAAACUUGUUGAUAACUUUCAAAAAGCCUCAAAAUCUGUUGACGCCAAAAAUCUGGAGUCCAUUGGCGACUUGAAAAAGUUUCUAGAAAAUUAUCCAGCCUUUCGAAAGGCAUCUGGUACUGUUGAUACACAUGUGACAUUGAUGUCAGAGUUGUCUAGAAUUGUAAAAGAACAUGCUCUACUAGAAGUAAGCGAAGUUGAACAAGAACUUGUCUGCCGGGAUAAUCAUACUUCAGUUUUAUCACGUAUUAAAAGUUUAGUCAGUGAUCCAAGAAUUCUGCUUGCUGAUGCUUUAAGACUUGUCCUGUUGUAUGCUUUACGUUAUGGUAAACAAAAGCAGGAGUUGGCUGGAUUAAUUCGUGCCUUGGUGACACGUGGUGCAACAGAUGAAGAUAUUAGAACUAUUGAAAAGUUAUUAGAGUAUUCAUGGCCAGUAUCCUCUUCUGAUGGAUUCGAUUUAUUCAAUGUGGUGAAAAAUGCAACAACUAGUGGAGGAACAGCAGCAGGGAUUGUAGACGCUCAAAGCGCUACAAAAGCAAUGGUUUCAUUAAAAAAACGCUUAGUACAAGAAUUAAAAGGUGUAGACAAUGUAUACACUCAACAUGAACCUUUAUUAGUAGAUAUUUUAAAUAAACUAACUAAAGGUCAACUACGUGAUGCUUCAUUUCCUAGCCUAGCUACUGGUACUUGUUGGAAGACUGUACCGAGUGGACAACGUCCAAAAGAAAUUAUUGUCUUUUUCAUUGGUGGUGUCACCUAUGAAGAGGUGUGUAGUGUACAUAAAAUCAAUUCGUCAACACCAGAUGUCGAUAUUAUCAUCGGAGGGACAUGUGUUCAUAAUUCUAGAACAUUUUUACAAGAAGUUGCUGCAGUUACAAAAAGUGUUGGUAUUGCAAGUACUAAUUCAUCAACUAAACUUAUGCCUAAUUCUGUGGAACCUACUCGUCGAGUAUACGGGAACUCGAGAAGUAAUAUUCGCUAUGGAUUAUUACAAUGAGAGAGAGAGAGAGAAAGAGCUCUUAUCAGGAAUAGGGGAAAUUUCGUCUGUGAUCAUUCCAUUAUUAUUUCUGCAAAAUGUUUUCCGUAUGGGUAUUUUAAGUAACUUUCUACUAAUUUGCUGCUGAGCAUUUAUCGGUAUUUCUAUCAAAUUCGAAAAGAAGAGAAAAUCCUUCUUUGAUUGCCACUUUAUUUUGUUCUUUAUAAAGUUCAGUAUUAUUAUUUAAAUAUUAUAAAGUGUAAUAAAUGUUGUGAAUAGUGAAGAAAAAAAAUCUGGCUAGUGACAUUGUCCGAAUUCAUUUAUGCCGUAGCGCUAGUGUUUAAAUCUUUGCUUAAAUCUGUGUUGUCAUGGUGAUGCUUAGCUGUGAUCUUCAGCUGUUUUUUUGUUUACUAUAUUUUGCUUGGAUAAAAAAUUCAUGAUGAUGAAAAGAGUCAUCAUCGUCUUGUAUCAUUCAUUCCAUAUGAUUAGUUUGUGUUUGUCAGUUAAGAAGUUCAAUUUAUGUAUUUUAAUCUUUUAUCAUCACAUAACAAUUUGUUUGAAUGCAUUUCCGCAUUUUGUACACUAGUGGUGUUAACAUGUUGUUGUCUACAAUAUAUGUAUGUAUAAGCUUUAUAAAGUAUACGCCUUUACGAUAACUAAAAUAAGAAAAGAAGUUGGACAUGUUAUUUCGAGAAGUUGAAGAGUGACCAUGUUUAGAAAAAACAAAUAGACAAGUAAUCAAUAAGUUUAUGUGUUUCUGUCAGUUUUUAUCGAUUCGUAAAUAAGGCCAUACAGUACUCUGCAAAUUU